GCAUAUUAACCUAAGGAAAGACGUAAUAGAAUUCCUUACAAUCUCUCUUCAUCUUUCUCCUUUUCUGAAAAGCCUUUUCAGUUCGUUUGGCGAAGCAAAGCUUAAUUCUUAAGGUGUGGAGAUGGAGAACACAUGGGCCGAUCAGUGGGACUACAACCCGGAUCCAGCAGCAGACAAGAAGGGCAAGAGUGGAGGCGGAGCAGCCUCUAAAUAUGGGAAGAAGGUGGGAGAAGGGCUGGGGAAGACGAAAGUAGCGGCUUCACAUGGGCUGAAGAAGGUGAAGGCAGGAUCCUCAGUUGGCCUUCAGUGGAUCAAAGAAAAGUACCAUCAGACCACCCAUAAGUAGUGAUGAAGGACGGACGACUGACUCUUCAUUUAUUCAAUCUUUGAUCACUUGAUUUGCCGUUGGUCUUUUUAAUCCAUUCGUUUGUGCAGAAUGUUCAGAACUUGCAGGAUUUUAAUAUGAUUUUAUGCUUCUCUUUUACCAUUUCUUUCCAAA